CCCUGGCGGCGCUCGCGCCCCCUUCCCCGCCCUCCGCCGUCGCCAGGGCGCAGUCUCGCGUCCCGGCGGCCGGCUGGGCCCGCGGCAGUCGCCCUCCAGCCUCCCCGCCGCGCCGCCCGCUACGUCCUCGGCCUCGCCGCGCCUUUCCCGCCCCGGAUGGGCCAGCCCCUGGCGGAGUAUCUUCUGACUCUUUUUACUUAAUUGGCCAUUGAUACCUUAACAAGCAUGGAGAUAAGAUUAGAAGUUUUGACAUCAACAAGUAUCAAGCAGAAAAAACCCUGGCCACGAGUCUCCUGGUUGGGACAGGAAAAUGAAGCUGUUUUUCUUUUGGAUGGUAAAUUCAUAAAUGAAAUUAAUUUGAUAUCUGGAAGGACAAAGAAGAAAAUUCCUAGUCUGCAGCCUUUGUUGAAGGAUGUUAUCGUCCUAACAACAUCCAGUAAUGAUGCCUGGCUGGCUGGGGCACUUACUACAGGGGAGCUUUUCCUUUGGAACAAAGAUCAAGAUUGUUUGAAAACUAUACAAGCAACUGAAAAGCCUAAGGAAAUGAUUAAAGCUGCAGUAGCAAGCUCUUUGAAGUUGUAUCUGUAUGUAUCUGGAAAUGGGAAAAGAGCUCUGCUUAUAAUUCCUUCUGGAUGUAUAUUUCUUUGGGAAUAUUUAGAAUUCGAGAAUAUCAUAUCUUCUAAAAGCCCUUCAUUGAAGGGCCAGUGGUCCCAGAUCAUACCUGAAGAAGCAGUUCAUUUGCCAUCCCCUGAAGAUAAAGAAGCUGUAGUGCAUGCUGUUUUUAUAAAAAAUGAGUUAUUUGGAGACUGCUGCUUAUGUUCAUUUACUUUUUAUUCUGGGGAAUGCCUGAAGUUAACAUUUCUAGCAAUUCGGUGGCAUGAGAAUGUAUUUACACCUAUAAGAUCAUUGCCAUACCAUGUUCACUGGGCACAACAAGAUUGCCUUCUGGGUAGUCUAAUUCCCAAGUGUGAACCAGUGAAGUCAAGAGGAGCUCUCAUCUCUGCCUUUUCAAGAGAUGGCCUUAACCUGGCGGUGACUCUUAAUCAGAAAGACCCAAAGGCAACUCAGGUAUUAUUUAUAAACACACUGACUUUUGUUACUCUCCGUGGUAGCCUUAAAGGAUGUAGCAAUAAGAAUCCUGUGGUUCCAGCUGCACUUAUCAGGUCCUACUGGGUUGGUGACAUCAGCUGGACUCAUGAUAGUCUUUUUCUGUCUUGUGUGUUAAAACGUGGCUCCCUGGUUUUACUGACUUGCCAAGGUGAACUGCUAACAUUAAUUACAUUUGGUUGCUCUAUAGAAUUUGGGCCAGCAGAAUUUAUUCCUCUUCACCCGCUAAUAACAUAUAGACCACAGCAGUUUACAUUUCAAGAUUCAAAUAAUUCUGUAGAUUCAUCAGCGUCUGAUAGUGACCCUAUGAGACAGAGAUUUUCUAUAAAAGCACACUCACGGUUACCCUACCUCAUUAUUUCUGAUGGAUACAUGGUCACAACACUUCGAUUUCUUGAUAACCUGUCUCCAUCAGUGCUCAUGAGAUCCCUUCUACUUGAUUCAACGCAGAGGCUUGAGAAAACAUACCAAAGUGUGAUAUUGUCUAAGCCAAAAGGCAAAGGGCUGAACUUGCGAUCACUGGAUUCCCUAAGGUUGAGUCUGUUAAAACACCAAGGAAAUGAAAGUUCAGCUGAUUCUACUGUCCCCAGAUUCUUGCAGGUAGAGGAUACAAAGAAGUUAAAUGAAAAAACAGCAGAUUUGCAGGAUUUUGAAACAGAAGAAACUAAUGAAGGCAUACAUUUUCUAAACAACUCAUUCUCUUUUUGGAACCAAAAAAAUGAUCCAUUGUUCAGUAGUGCCAAGGAGGGAAGGUUGGAAUUUGCAUCCAUGUUUGAUACGAUACAUGCAAAGGAUAAUACUGAGGAGACGGAUGGAACCAUUAUAGAACUGCAUUCUGUUCAGAAAAAUCUCCUUGCAGCCUGGACUAUAGGAAUUUCAAAAAAUGUGGCAGAAAAAAAUUCAAUGUUAAAUUACACGAUAGUUUGUAUCACUCAUUUUUUCUACAUUCUUCAGUUUAUAAAAUGUCCUUUACCCAAAUUUGAUCUUUCUUUAAGCAAGAGCCCAAGACAUAAUGCAUGGGUGCUUUGUAUCUUUCAACUUUUUCAUCAGUUUUUAUCAAUCCAGUAUUGGGAUGUGAGAUACAGACAAGAUGUGGGACAUUUGGUAAAGCUGACCUCAAAUACUGUAAAGCUUUUGCUGACUCAGCAACAGAAUGGUCAGUUAUUCUCAGAGAGGCUUUUAGCCUGUUUUCAUUUACUCAAAAUGGUAGCUGAUAAUUUGAAUGGCAUAUACAGUCUUCAACCUGAAAUUAUUUCAGCUUCAACUGAUGGAAGUAGAACAGCAAAUCAAGACUCACUGGUGGUACCUGUUUUUCAAAUAUUUCAAGAUAGUCGUUCUCAGGAAAACUGGUCUUGGAACUCAUCUUUCAAGAUUCAUCCUCAAGUAGUAAAUCUUGUUCAACAGCCAGGACACAGAUUGAUUGUUCUCUGGAAAAUGCUGUAUAAUAAAACUUUAUGGUAUCAAACACAAUUAAGUCAAAGAGUUCCUGAAGGUGACAGACAGUUAACUGAAAAGAUGACACAUGAAGCAUCUACUGUCAAGUCCCUGCUAUGUCAUAUCCAGGCUUACUUACAGACUGCCGGAGUUUGCUUGAACCAAACCUUAGAGCUGAAAUCUAUUAAUGGUGAAGAGUGUUUCCUAUUAGGAUCAUAUGAAAAGUCUGUUCAACUGUGGAAGAAAGCUCUACAAGAAACCCAGGAAAAUGGAGGAAGAAGGACACGUUUUCUUCAGAUUCGCUAUUAUCUUUCUCUUUUAUACUGCCACCUCUACAGCUAUAAUUUAAAUGAUGCUCAAGGACUGUGUGAUCAGCUAGUGAGAGAAGUACUGAGAUGGUCCCACCUCCCUGUAAAAGCAAAUGAAGAUAGUUCAGAUCCUGGGACGUCUCAGUGUGUGUCUGGAAUGACUGGAAAUAUCCAUCCUGAGGCGGCCAUGAGGGUUAUCCAGUCCAUGGCUCGGUUCAUGGCCGCCUAUUUCACCAAUCAGCUCCUUUGCAUUUUGCCACCUCACAAUGUGAAUGUCCUUCCUCCCCUUCAUAUUAAAACAGGGCAAUCCUUACGAUUUAUUCCUCUGCAACACUCUAAGGUGGCCAGUGUUGUUAGAGAUCAGAAUCUUUCUAAUGUGUGGACAGUUGAAUAUGCCCUUGAAUUACUAUUUAUUGGUGGCCUGGUUCCAGAAGCUGUGUGGUUGGCACAUAAACUUGGAGACUGGAAGACAUCUGUUUCAAUUGGUGUGGCCUUCCAACUGUUCUGUAAACUAGAUAGCAAUUUCACGAGGUUCAAGAAAAAGGGUCAGAAUCUACCAUUAACUAUGACUCCAGCACAGAUUUUCCAGGAAAAACUCCAAUGUUUUUUAGGUCAGCCCGCAUCUUUGGAAGCAAAAAAUGAAAUGGGCUCAAAAUACAAGCAAUUUACAGAUCCCAUUGAAGAGGAAGAUGCAAAUCUGCUGUUCGGUUCAGUGCAAGAAGUACUGAAAGCAGCAGUGAUGGCCGAUGCAGAUAUUCUCUCAGAGACCUUUCAGCUUCUGAUGACCUCUGCCAAGGACUUCAGUAAGAGACUGUGGGGCUUAGUGCCGGUCGGCCUGUAUCUUCCAGCUCCUCCAUUAUAUUGUCCACAACCAGCUAUUCUUAGUGAAGAAGAUGGUGGUGAUCUUCUUUUAAAAGCUGAAAAAGAUAAUCGCCAAAAGCUGUCUGGAAUCCUUCAGCGUGUUCUCCUGCUCUUCCGGGCAGCGCGGUGUUCUUUUCCUGUAGCACAGUGGUACAUCUUGCAGUUGAGAUGGGCCAGAAAAGUCAUGCAGAAGAUUCGAAUGAAAGGGUCCCUUCCUUCAUUGAGUCCUUUCCCUCAAUCGUUGCUUAAUUACUGUAAAGGAGGUGUAGCAUUCUUUCGACCUGGAGCAACUGGCGAUCACAAGCUUGAUGAAGUUUCCAUUAAAGCAAUAGGUUGCUUCAGAGAACUUUGUGCUUUGUGUUGGAUGCUGCAUAUCCGUGAUAAGUUAUCCUAUUGUUGCAGGCAAUAUCAGAAAGCAAGAGAAGAUGUGGAGGGAAAGAAGAACCUCGAAGUGGAGUUUGAUUCCUGUAUGGUUGAGCACUGUCUCAGUGCCGUGGAAUGGGCUUAUAGAAUGCUACCCUUCUCUCGGUUUUUUAAUAUUGAAGAACUUAUUCAGGAUCUAAUUUUGAGCCUAAUUGGAGAACUGCCACCAAUCAGAAAGGUAGCAGAAAUUUUUGUGAAAGCAUUUCCUAAUCCUGAGGACAUAAGGGUUCCUUUAAGAGAAAAAUAUCACUCUCUUCAACAGAGAAUCAGACACUAUGUGGUGAAAGGUCCUCAAACUGAGGAAAUGAUGUCUGUUAUCAUGCAUUCUAUACAUAAAGUGAGGGUGAAAGCCCUAAAACGUGUGCAGAGAAAUAUAGGUUCUUUUGAGAUGAAUGUCUGGGAACCAAUUGAAGAAGAAAAGCCAGCUGAAGUUCCAGGUUUUGACAGGUUUUCCCUGGGGACUAGUUUGAGCAGGAGCACACUCACAGAACUGGGGAAUUCCCUGGCCCACAGUGAUGCUGAUACAGCAGAUACCGUCUCUGAAGCUCUGUCGGUUGAAGAAAAAAGUAGGAUGCUUUUCUGUCAAAGAAAUGUUCCAAAUCACAUAGAAUUAACACUGAUUGAUAAGCCCAAUAAUGAAAAGAAAAUAUGUAAUCAGAAGGAAAACCCUGAAAGAAAAGAAGAUCAUGAAAAGUUAUUACAAAAUGCUCUUCCUGUCAUAGGAGUUUGGGAAUUUGAACGUGAUGAUGAUGAAUAUAUUAAAUUCCUUGAUCUUUUCUUGAGUUAUGUUCUUGAAAGAGACCUACUUGAUUCCAAGGAUCCUGGCAUUCCAUUUCUAACCAGUUUUUCUGGACAUCUUAAAGAGCAUGAACUUAAUUCUUUACUUUUUGAUGUGCAUACAACAUUGAAACGACGUCAGGGCAAAACCAAAAGCCAGAAUAUAUUUAGAGCUGGCUCCUGCUUUGUUGCUCUGGAGUCACAUGAGGCUGAAAAAUCAGAAAGCCAGGCACGCCCAGCUUCAGUGAUGGUUAAUCAAGGGAGCAGACCUUUUUUAGAGAACCCUUUGAAUGAAGUUAAUAAAAAUGAAGGGAAGAGUGGACUGUUUGGUUUAAAACAAAAGUCAAUUUACAGAAUACAAGAUGACAAUGCAGAGAAACCUUUAAUCCAGAGAGUGUCGAACCAUAUUUCUUGGACUCCCAAAUCCAUUAAAACUACAAGGUGUAUUUUCAAAGCAAUUCAAAGCAAUGAUAUUACCCCUCAAGAAGAUCUUCCUCUAGCACUGAAUAGCACAUUUGGCAGCAUAAGAAGGCUGCUGGAAUGGAUGAUAAGAUGGUCUGAUAGAAGGAUGCUCUGUGAUCCUAGUCUCACUGAGUCAUCCUGUGAGUACAGCCCUGUUAUUCGUGUCAAGACCUCUUCAGCUGCCAUUCUUACAUCCCUGUGGCUUUUGGAACAACCCUAUUUUGCUACAUAUAAUGCAAAAAAUGCCAUUAUUAAGGUGCAGGAGAAUCAGGACACUGAGCCUCAGAGUGGACCCAAUGUUGAGAAUGAUUGCAAAACAAAUGUUGCCUGUUCUGUUGCAGUACCCACUGAAAGUGGGACUGAGGAAAAAAAUGAUCAAAAUCAAUCUUGUCAAAGUAUUUUGAAUAUAAUGCCAACUGAAGCAAAAAAUCCUGAAAUAAAAGAAACCAACGAUGAGAUUAUUUCUGUCACUGAUGAUACUGGAGAAGAGUUCAUAGAUAUUGUUGAAGAUCUUUUAGAAGUAGAAACAUUUACACAGGAGGAAAUGAAUACGUACCUAUCAGACUAUGAAGAAGAUGCCAAAAGACCUGUUGAAAGUCUCAAAAGUCCCAAUAUUGCCAUUUACAUGCAGACUUCACCACAGCAUUUUAAAGCACAUUCCACAGGAGAGGUUCAGUGUCCAAGGGGAGAACCAUUGGAGACAUAUAUGGAGAAAAAAUCAACUGAACAAAAAGGUAUGACUGAAGCCUUUUCAAAUCCUGAACACACCAUUCCUCAUUCAUUUGGUGUUGAUACGAGUUCAGAAAUUUCUAGUGCCCAGAUCUCUGCAUUUAAAGAUAAAUCUUCCUCAGUUCCACCUUUGGUGACAAAUGGAGUCAGUGUUGCUUCACAGACACCUGUGCCAGCAGCCCAGACGACCCAAAGAAAUGAACCCAGGGCUCAGUUACCAGAUUCUUCUGAUUCUGUUAGGCAGAUGGUCCAAGACGAAAUGUUUAAAUUAGUUCAGCUGCAACAGAUCAACUUCAUAAGUCUAAUGCAAAUAGUAGGGUCAUCCUUUGCUAACCUCCCAGAUAUACAUCAACUUCUACAGCAGUCUCAGUCUGUGCAUUUGGCGGGAAGCCAAGUAUCAAACCCUGCAAGAGGGAGUAGUGAUGCUGAAGCCACCAGGAGACAUGUGAAGGAGAGAUUUUUCAUUAAACCGCAGUCCAUGGGAGACCACACUGGAGAGCCUGGCAAGAACAGCUCACACUGCCAUAAAGGUGUGCAGUCUGAUCCAAAUAGUAAUGGAAAUGUACAGAAUGUUCCCCAUGGGAAUAUUUCUUGUGAGUUGGAGGACCAGCCUCAGACUAGAGGAUUACCUCCAGCAUCUGAAAGCUUACCGACAAUUUCAUUGUCUUCAGCCCCUGCUGCAAAUACUCACCUCUACCUUUUGUCCACCUCUCCUGCCAUUCCGAAGACACCUAGGUUUAUCCCAGCUGCAAAAAUGUUCCGACCUGGUGAUGGUUUUCCUUUGCUUCAAUUUCAGCCUAAGCCUGAAUUUAAGCCCCUUUCCUUCCACACAGAAAGAGUUCCACAAGUUCCCUUCAGGCCGCUGCCACAGCCAAGAGAGGCAUGGGGAUCAUCUGAUUGCUUCCGACCUCCUUUGCCACAGGGAGGAAUGCACACGACUCCGCUGUCCCAGUCGAAUUUGAGCCAGUGUAAUACGGACGCCAUGAAAAAGCCAGUUGAACAGAAGAAAUGGGAAGAAACUGUAAUUACAGAACUCCCUAAGCAUGUGAACCUGAAUCAGUAUGUGGGACAAGAAAACUUGACACCUCAACAGGACUCUUCAAUAUUUAUAAAACCAGAAAAACUAUUUGAUGUUAAGCCACGGCCCAUGGAGAUAUCCCCUCAGAAUUCCUUGGGACUUCCAUUAUUGCACCUGCAACUUAAAACUCCUUAUGUGUUUUCCUCUGUCUCAAGAGCUUCGGUUACAGUUCCCUCAGUACCUAUCAGCACCGUAGCAGAAGAAAGAAAAUACCCAAGACUAUCAUUACUUCAUUCAUGUCUGUCUCAGGAAAAUGUGUACAAAAACCCACAGCUUAUUCCACUGGAAAACCUCAUUGCAUUCAAACAAAGCCACCAGAAACUAACACAUUUAUUUGAACAAGGCGACCAUAGACACCUUCAGCUUCUAAAGGUCAAAAGAGAACCACCUGAAGUGAGACAAGGAAAGGACAGUAAAAAAAGGCAAAGACGACGAGCUGAGAAAGAGCUGCAAGGAAAAAGAUCAGAGAAUCUAAGGAGAAAACCAAGUGUGACUUUCCAACCAGAGGAUUCCAUCAUUAAUGAUAAUUAUUCAGAAAUAGUUACAAAACCCAAGGAGCAACAAGAACAUCGUGGUUCCAAGCCUUUGGAUGACUUUGAAGUUCCUUUUGAAAUGCUACAAAAUGAUGUUCAUACUUCAGCUGGACUGCAUUUCAUGGCCUCUGUAAGAAGGAAAGCUAUAGAAUGUCAGGAUGCAAGUACAAAUACAGACCCAGAUAAAGAAGUUGCUUCUCAAGUUGUUUCUGAAUGUCAUAAAAGUCAACAAAUCAUUUCUUCCACAUCAGAAUGUGAACCUUUGAAUGUUCCUCAACUAUUGGCUCCAGAUGUAUGUCUAAAUCUGAAACUUUCCAACGAAAUAUCAGAGAAACCUUUGUCAUCUUCAGCAUCUGAUAGGGUGGGACACACUUACAUAAACGUGAUUGACAUUGAAGCUGAUGAGCUAGAGGAAGUACCUGUUAGAGAAGAGCCUUCUGCUGAUAUCAUCGAGCAGCCACUAGAAGUCCCAUCUUCUGCAGAGUUACAUUACGUGGCAGCUUCCGUCACUAAUGCUGUUCCCCCUUGCAAUUUUAAGAGUCAAGAAUCUGCCAAUUCUGCUACGGAUUUAUUUUUUAAAUCUACAAAAGUGUCUCCAUUUUGUCUGGAUGGAAGUAGCCCGAGAGCAGACAUUACAGAGGUGAAGGAGCCUGGAAUCACCUCUCCUACGUCAGCAGAUAUAGAGUCGGACAAAGAUAUGCCGAAACCGGAUUUUCGAUUCAAAGAACAGAGCUCAUGUUCAGAUGCUGCAGAAGAUUAUCAGCUGCAGGGUCACCUACUGCAGGAACUGCUGCAGGACGUCUCCCCCACUCGUCCUGCGCGCAGCUCUGCAGCGUGCCGACUAAAGCACCUCACCUCUGAGCUUCAGAGAAUUGAUGAGCAGCUGCUAGCAAUACAGACCAUUGCUGAGAACAUAGAGCAGGAUUUCCCCAGACACGGAAUGCUAGACCCACAUUGUGAUAAGAUUCGACCUUUGGGUCACAUUGAAUUGUCUUCUGGCCCUGAAACUGAAAAAACAAUGGAUUCAAGAACAAUUAAUAUUUCUGAAAAAGACUCUGGAUUAGUGCAUUUUCUGACUCAUAUGAAUAAGGAAGAUCCAAGUGACGAAGAACGAACGUUAGAAGCUGAAUUUUCUGGAGCAGAAACUCAUUCUAGUCAGAAAACCUGUGUGUUUCCUUUUGCCGAUUCAGCUGUUAGCCUUUCCAGUGCCCAGAACACAACUUUUCCUGGUGUGAAUAACAGUGAUGAGUUAUUUGAGAGUGUUUCAGUCGAUCCACUCCAGGUGACAGGAUUGACUGAUAUUGCAGACAUUAUUGAUGACCUUAUAACAAAAGAGGGAGUUUCCAGUGAGGAGCUGGGCUUAACAGAACAACAAGCUAAAAGUAUCUCCAGGAUUCGGCAUCUUCCUGGUAGACAUCCCCAAAGAACUGAGAAGGAGAGAAGAGAGAUUCAAGUCUGGAUGAAAAGAAAACGAAAAGAAAGAAUGGCAGAGUACUUAAAUGAGCUGGCAGGAAAGAGAGGGCAAGAACGCAAUCCUUUCUGUCCCCGGAGCAAUCCAUUUUACAUGACUUCCAGGGAAAUCAGGCUGAGACAAAAGAUGAAGUGUGAGAAAGACAGGUUGCUACUGUCUGACCACUACAGUCGUCGAAUCUCACAAGCAUACAGUCUGAUGAAUGAACUGCUAUCUGAAUCAGUACGACUACCAGCAACUGCACAGAAACCAUUGCCUAACAAACCCAGAGCUGCUCACAGUUCCAGACAGCAACGCUCCCUUUCUCCAAAAGGAGAGAAUCGACCUGGUCACAAUUUUCCAAUAAAUCGACCUGGAAAAGUCAGAUAUAUAUCCAAAACAAGUUAUAUCCCAAGAGGGAAACCUUUUGGACAACCUCAUGGCUCAUCUUGGCCACGUGGAACUGCCACUUUUCCCACGCAGAAGGAAGCUGGUGGAGCCAAAGUGGGGGCAAGAAAGGCUGUCCUGUCCCCAGUGACCUUCCAAAAAGGCUCUCCUGCUCCAUGUCAUAGACUGCAGCGCACAAAACAGCAUGGAAGUGCUGAGCUUGCACCUCAAACUCAGCAGGUGUGUAUCGAGUACGAGAGAGAAGAGACUGUGGUGAGUCCCUGGAUGUUACCUUCAGAGAUCCAGAAGAUUCUUCAUGAGAGUCACAGUUCCCUUCUACAGGACUUGUCACCCACUGAAGACGAGCCUGAGGCUCCUCUCGGGGCGGGCGGCCCAGACAGCGUGUCUGAGAGCACUGGCAGCCUCCUCAGCAGGCUGGACUGGAACGCCAUUGAGGACAUGGUUGCCAGCGUGGAGGACAGGAGCCCAUCCGUCCCCGCGGCCCUGGACCUGUAGGACCUCAAUGUCACUGGUGCCAAGCCAAGGCCAGCACCUCAGGGAUGUUGUCCUGAAAGAUGUGGGUUUAUGGGAGAGAAGCAGUGAAAGAAGCAAUGUGAACUAACCACCUGCACCAUAUUGUUACCUGGAUUGGCCAUUUCAAGAGAGAAAAGAAAUAGUUCUCAAUAAUUUUGCCUUCAGGGGAAAGGGUUGUUUAACAGUAGAUGUAUUAUAUGUUUUUGCAUUUGACUUAUCUUUAGGCAUAAUUUUUUAAAUGAU